AUGUCGAAUGACGAUAGCGAGCAGCAGACAGCUACGGCCGCUCUCUCGGAGAAGCUCGGAGGAUUCGAACAGCGGUCCACCGCUCAGGUGGCCGCCUUGUCCGAGACCGUCUCCGAGCUGUCCAAUGCCCACAACGCCUACGCAGCUCAAGUGGAUGCGCUCGUGGAGGGGACGUCUGUCGGAACCAUGCUCCACAGGCCCCGGAUGCUUGAUUUUGGUGGGGCAUUACCGGUAGCAUCCCCAGGGAGUGGGCGGCUAGGCCCCCCAGUUACUACGAACUCAGCAGAAAACCAGUCAAGGGAGGCUGGUUUGUCGGCGUCGGCGCUUCCGCAGGGGGCAGUCAUUCCUGCGAGUAGGAACUCCACGCUUGGUCACAUCCGCACUCCGCCCCGGCACAGGGCGGUGGCCGUGCCCAAUCCGGAAAUUUCAUUCCUCCAGAAUGAGAUCCGAGCCAUGCAAUCAAAGGUCCAUCACGCGACGAGCUCUGCUCCGGACAUCGACCGAGUUAUCGAGGAAUCAAAGCGAACUCCUUUCUCACCUAGAAUCUCGACAAUGCGCAUCAAGGAUGCACGAAAAGUCAACUUUCUCAGUUAUGAAGGGAAGGGGGAUCCUAAAGUUCACCUCCAUACUUUCCUCCUUACGGUAGGAAGGGUGGAUUUCGAGCCUCAUGAGGAAGAUGCAGGGUAUUGCAAGCUCUUCGCCGAAACAUUUGUCGGACCAGCCCUCCUGUGGUUCGCUUCGCUUCAGGAAGGCACGAUCGAUAGUUUCACUCAGCUCUCCACAACAUUCGUGAAGCAGUAUUCGAGUUUCAUAGGAGUUGGUGUGACCGACGCUCAGCUGUGGAAUCUGAGUCAAGGUCCGAACGAUUCACUCCGGUCUUACAUCACCAAGUUUAAAGAGAUAAUGGUCCAGAUUCCCGGGCUCUCCGAUUCAGCGGCGUUGUCCGCCCUAAAAAAUGGGUUAUGGCACCAGUCUUGGCUCAGGGAAGAGUUGACGGUCAACCGCCCCUCCAGUAUCCAGGACGCCCUUCACCGGGCAUCGAACUGGAUCGUGGCAGAAGAGGAGAAAGCCGCACUCGCCAAAAAGUACAAAGUAACUCCCAAACCGAGCUUCGAUCAAGGAGCCAUGCGAAGUUUGCAGGGAUAA